GGGACUGUCAUCUUCUCAUUGGCUUACAUGUGUACUAAGAUGUAAGAACAAGCGAGCGUCGCUGUUCACUCGUUUGCAAUAUCCUCAACUUUACUCCAUUCUCUCACGUUUUCUUCUCCAUUUUAUUCUUCUGCUCUGUCUUUUAAGUUUUAUCUCCCGCUGGCUGGGUAUAGAAAGCCUGGUUCUCCGUCUGAAAGCUUUCUUUUGCAUUGAGGAGUUUGGUUCUCUGCACAAGCCCCUCACGACACGCUUUUUGAUUAUAUCUGCUGGUUUUUGUUUGCUAAACAAGUGAAAAAGAAUGAGAAUAAUCAAGCAGCUUUGGGAAAAAGACACCAUGCACUUCUGGAGUCUCUUCUUUACUGCACUAAUGCCAGUCCUGAAGGUACUCUUGAUCACUGUUGUUGGGAUAAUUCUAGCUCUGGAUCGAUUUAGUAUACUGAAGAAGGAUGCCAGGAAGCAUGUGAAUUCUAUGGUAUUUUUUGUCUUCAUUCCUGCUCUUGCACUUAGCAACCUGGCUAAAGCCAUGACGAUUAAGAGCCUUGUCAUGCUGUGGUUCAUGCCAUUAAAUGUUCUUCUCACGUUUAUCAUUGGGUCUGCACUUGGAUGGUUACUUAUUAAAAUAACAAGAGUUCCUCAUCAUUUGCGAGGGCUUAUUUUGGGAUGCUGUGCAGCAGGAAAUAUGGGAAACAUGUCUCUUAUCAUUAUUCCUGCGAUAUGUAAUGAAGCAAGCAGUCCUUUUGGAGAUAAGGAUGUCUGUAACAGAAAUGGACUGGCAUAUGCUUCUCUGACCCUAGCACUUGGAAACAUUUUCAUGUGGACUUAUGUCUACAACCUUGUCCGGAUAUAUUCAUGCAAGAGUUCCGAUGCAAAUUCCCUAGUAAAGCCGUUGUCUACACCAGAAACUGAUCCUGAAAAUUCUUCAGCAUGUUCAACAGAGCCAUUGGUCACUUCACAGAACACCUCGCAAACAAAUGACUGUGCCAUUGGACCUGAAACUGGAAGUGCAAUGCUAGAGGUAGAUGCUAAGAGUUUGCAGGUAACAAAACAGGAAAAGAUAAUGAAGGAAUUUAAAGCACUAGUGGAAAAGAUGAAUCUGAAGGCCCUGUUAGCACCAGCAACAAUUGGAUCAAUUAUUGGCUUGAUAAUUGGUGCAGUCCCUCUAUUUCAUAACGCUUUAGUCGGUGAUAAUGCCCCUCUUCGUGCGGUUGAAAACUCUCUAUCCAUGCUGGGUGAUGCUGCCAUUCCAACUAUGACCUUGUUAGCUGGGGCAAGCUUACUUGAUGGUUUAGAAGGAUCGGGCAUGCAGUUUUCAAUUAUUUUUGGAAUCCUUGUUGUUAGAUACAUUGCCUUACCCCUAUGCGGUGUAGUUAUUCUUAAAGGUGCAAUGCAUGUCGGCAUGAUUCACCCAGAUCCAUUAUAUCUGUUUCUUUUACUGCUUCAAUAUUCUUUUCCACCUGCAAUGAGCAUAAGUACAGUGACUCAGAUGUUUGGCGCUGGUGUGAGUGAAUGCUCACUUGUCAUGCUAGUAACUUAUGCCUGUGCCGCAGUCUCACUUACUCUGUGGUCCACAUUUUUUAUGUGGCUGGUAUUAUAGCUGCAUUCUGUUGCAUUGUCUCUUCUAAUGUCUGUCUCCCUUGCAAAGUACAGUCUUUAGAUUUCUCCAAUUAAGAAUUGGAGAAAGUGAAGGAAGAUUUGGGCAGUAGGAAUAAAGUGCAAACACUUUUGUAUUUUUUUCCCCUAGCAGAGAACUUCAUGGAUCAUAUUUACACUAAAAUGAUUUUCAUCAACGUUCCAUAACAUAUAUCGUGAUUGUUCCAAGACUGCUUAAAUUAUGAAGUAGAGAGAAUUCCGCU